UAUCACAUUCAAAUUCCACGACUAUUGGUUUAAUAUACUUCAUGAUGGGUUUCUUCAUGGGUUUUAAUACUGCUAUUCCUCCCUAUUCUGUGCACUUGUUUGCAAUCACGGUGUUGCGAAGCUAACUGGUUGACUACUCCUGAGAUAGCAUGUCGUUUUCUCACCCUCUUUUUUUCAUAGCUGCUUCUACGCUAAUCGGUGUAGGACGGGCAGUCACUUUCAAGUUAUUUAACGGAACGCAUGGUGGGCCUGUAAAUGCGACGAGCCUCCCGAAGAGUACUCAUGAGGUCCUUUCAUUACCCCUGAGGAAGAUCGAACAUAAGGGUGUCGGGACGCCCAGUCUAGCAAGGCGAUAUUUCGGAUCGGAUGUCUUAGGCCUCUACGGCGCAGCAUAUUUUGCUGAGUUAACAAUUGGCACCAGCGACAACCCGCAGACCGUCAAUGUGCUACUGGAUACGGGCUCGUUCGAACUCUGGGUUAAUCCGGACUGUAGCGCGACCAACGUGCGACAGUUUUGUGGUGAGCUCGGGCACUACGAUCCUACGCUCUCAUCUACGUCGAAGAAUCUGAAUCAGACCUUUAAGAUCCAGUAUGGGCUAGGUAGUGCGUCGGGCACCUAUCACCAGGACGAUGUAUUUAUUUCUGGCGCGAAACUCCCAGGUCAACAAUUCGGAGUUUCAAAUACGUCUAGCGAUGUCUGGUUUGGCAUCCUCGGCUUGGGUCAUGGUAAGGGACACGGCGUUAUCGACUAUGAAUCCAUCGUCGACUCGCUAGCUACACAGGGCUUUACGGAUAGCAAGUUAUUCAGCUUGGACUUGGGUGGCCAACCUGGACCAACCGCCGCCAUUACAGGAGAAAUGGUCUUCGGUGGCGUCGAUACCAAUAAGUACGCAGGAAACCUAGCGAAAGUCCCAACGGAUUCUAACGACGCACACUACGUCGCAACGCUCAACUCAAUCUCCCUCCAAGUCCCUGCUUCCGCCUCUGGCUCCGUCAACACCAUCUCCCAAAGCAUCAAAGCAAUAAACGACUCUAACCUACCAUUGCAAGUUAUUGUAGACUCAGGGACUACCCUCUCUCUGCUACCCGAGUCCAUGGUCUCAGCUAUAGCCGCCGGGUUCCCUGGAGCGGAGCCAGAUGGAAACGGCGGGUAUAAGGUGCCGUGCGAGCUACGAAAUACUACGGAGGGCCGUGUAGACUUUGAGCUCCGUGGGGAUGGUAACGAUAAAGUUAAGAUCAGUGUCAGCUACAACGACUUUAUCUGGUACGGCGGCAACGAAUGCUUCCUGGGUGUAAGGUAUACCAGCGAUGUGGGUGUGUGGAUCUUGGGAGAUACAUUUUUAAGGGGAGCAUACGUAACGUUCGACCAGAGCAAUAACGCGUUAUAUAUGGCCAAUUACGUCUCGUGUGGCCAAGGCUCGAACCUGGUCCCUGUUCCAGCGGGCCCCGAUGCAGCGGCUAAUAUCCCCGGAUCCUGCGAGACGGCAGAGCCGGCACAGAAGGUCCCGUCGCCUGCUGCUACCUUAGCCAGUUACGAUCCGGAGUGCGACUGUACUGUAUUUUCUUUUUCAACCGCGUUCUCCACUGCGUUCAUGACAAGUACUGCGACUGCUACUACGGCUACUAUCAAGAAGCACGCGAGCCCGGUCCCAAUGCCCAGUUCACCCGCCCCUGAAGACGACGACUGCGACGAGGACCAGAACCAGGACCAGCCGCAGGAGAAGCACGUUGAGAUAAUUACGGCUACAGAGACAUUUACGAGCACGCUAGUUCGACAUGUCGUAUACACGGCUGGCCGCCGGGUUGCUACUAGCCACGUAACGGUCGUAACAACAUUCUGCCCAGGCGACAUACUUUUUCCCGCAUCUACAACCCCUAUCCCGGGCGCGACACAUUCCCAGACUCAAGGCCGCGUCCAGCAUACUACUACGCGUCCCAUCCUAAGCACAAGCAUAUCGCCCCCUAUCGAACAAGUCACGAUAGCGGAGAUAACCCACGCGGUCAAGACAGCUCCGGAGACCUUUAUCACCACAAGAAAUACGACGACGACGCAGGUAGCAACCGAACUCGAGUCUGUUCGCGCAAACACAUAUUCUUCCCCCCCUCCCCACUGGACCCCUCCUACUUUCACCGAAUCCAUCCUUUCCACUUUCCCCUUCUCACCCCCCACAUUCUCCUCUUACUCUUCCCCCCUACCCCCACCACCACCACCACCUUCACCACAUCAACAGCAAAGCGCCGUUCCUAACGCAGGUUUCGGCGCCACGGGCUGGGGGUUUAACAACACCUCUAUCACGACCGCUAGCACCAACACCAACACCGGCAACCUUGACUACAACGCAGCAGCAGGCGUAGCCACCGUCGGCGGAGCCGCAAGCCAGGCCAUCGGUGCCGGUGCUGGUGCUGGCGCCGUGGUGGCGCCCGCGGUCCCGACGACGACGAAGACGACACAGGUCUGGCACUCGCCUAUGCCGAGCGGUAUGGCUAUGAGUACAUCCGAGGCGGUGAAGAAGACGUUAGGCGAGGUAGCAAUCGGGUUGUGGACCGUGAUGAUGGUGAUGGUGAUAGGGCAAGCUGUGGGGUAUAUGAGUCUGGCUUAGUUUUCCUCUUCUCUUCUCUUCUCUUUGCUUCUUGCUUGUCUUUUGAUACCGUUGAAUGAUUGAACGAAAUAAAUGUACGAAGUGAGAAGUGUACGACCGAAUAAUAGGAAGAGGGAAAUGGGGGAGAGACCUGUGGGAUGGAUAUAAACUGGGACAGACAGAU